UGCGGGUCAAGAUAUGGCUAACAGUCUGUUACCACCCUUAAAUUUGUAACGGAGACUGCCAUGUCAGCAUUCAUAUUGGCGUCCACAUCAGCAAAUAAUUAAAUAUAUAAUUUUUAUUUUUAAAUUAAAAAAAUUAAAAAAUUAAAGUUGACAGAUGAGAGAAGGGGGAGAUGGACAGAUGAGAGAAGAAGGGGUUGAGGAUAAGAAUUGGGUGAAUGGAUGUGAGAGGAGGGGAGGGGUAAUUUUUGUUUUAUUUUUUUACGUUUUAUGUUAUUAUUUACUUAAUCAAUUCCACAGGGAUGCCACAUUCUCAAUUCCACCUCAGUUUUUUUUUUUGCCAGGUCAGCAUUGCAGAAAGACCUACUAACGGGGUAUUAACAGACAAUUAACGAUUGGAUAUUAAUUUGUAUAUUGAUAGUUGAGGAUAUAAAUCUCCGAUCCAUAAUAGUUAUGGAUAUUAUAUUGUAUUUGCCCAAAAAACUAUAAUCAUUAUAUUUUCUUACGGAUGCUCUUCUGUGUUUUGGAUCCGCCGCUGGUGACUGAGCUACCGAUCCAAUUUUGAUGGCAUGUAGUUGCUCUCCAUGAUUCCAAUACUGAAAAAUGAGUCUAAUGAUUAAAAGUACAAAAUCAUUACCAAACAAAAUGUUGAAUCGAAAGAAAUCAUUACGUUUAAUAUUUCACUUUACAUGCACCAUAUUGUUAACAACAAAAUUCGUAGUGAAUCUUAUCAUCAUAACAUGAUUGAAAGUUCAGUUUGCGAUUAAUUAAUUGGAUCAUACUCUUCCUUGUCCUCGUAGUUUUCUUCUCGAAAUGGUAUAAGCCUUGAAACUUACGGUGACUUCUGGCCAAAGCUUAUUUUCUGUCAUUUCAUAAAAUUAUAUGCCGAAGCGUCCGGCCACAAACUGAGACUGAGACGGCCUCUUCUUCUUCUCGAAUCCGCUCCUUUCCUAUGUCGAUUCCGGUCCAAACUUUCCAUCCCACAAAUUUUCAAUUUUUUUGUAUUUUUAACUAUAAUUCCAAACAAACCCCUAAUUAAAACCCCCCAAAUCUGCCGUUUCCCCAUCUCUCAUCUGUCAUCUUUCCUCCCCCACUCGUCACUCUGUUAUUUCUGUUCCUGUCGCCAUCACCAUCGCCGUUCUUCCCAGUUAUAACCAAACCCGCUCCCUCUCAGUUUCUUAUAUAUACGGAUAAGAAAUUUACGUGGGUAUUCAAUUAUGUCAGCUUCCUGUUAGUCUCUUCGCUGUAGUAGUUGUAUACCCAGCCAAAGUUUUCUUUCUUCUUCCUCUCUUCCUCCCUCAGAUUUCUCGCCGGUUUCCUGUUUUUUCAGAUCCGUGCACGAUUACCCACUGUUCAUCGUCUCCCUCUCAAUCGAUAUAUCCAUAUUGGGUGGGUUCGCUUUUUGAUAUCGGAAGUACCCAGAAGGCGAAAGUUCGAUUUGGCUGUGUGAUUAGUACUUUAGUAGCAAUGAGUGGUGAAUCCGCCACCGCUAGCGCAACGCCGGUCGGUGGCGGCGGCGGUGGAGUCGGUGGGAUCCAGAUCCAUCCCCAAUCGAGGACCCGGCUGCCUGAUUUCCUACAGAGCGUGAAUCUGAAGCAUGUGAAGCUGGGCUACCACUACCUGGUGAGCCAUCUACUGACCCUCUGUUUGAUCCCAUUGAUGGCGGUGAUCGUGAUCGAAGCUACCCAAUUGAACCCCGACGACAUCCGCCAGCUCUGGCUCCACCUCCAGUACAAUCUCGUCAGCGUCAUCGUCUGCUCCACUUUCCUCGUCUUCGGGAUCACCGUCUACGUCAUGACCCGACCCAGAUCCAUUUUCCUCGUCGACUACGCCUGCUACAAGCCCUCGGCGGAGCUCCAGGUCAAAUACACCCAAUUCAUGGAGCAUUCGCGGCUGACGGGGGACUUCGACGAGUCGUCGUUGGAGUUCCAGCGCAAGAUCUUAGAGAGGUCCGGCCUCGGCGAGGAAACCUACGUUCCUGAGGCUAUGCACUUCAUCCCUCCUCGGCCGUCGAUGCAGGCGGCCAGGGAAGAAGCUGAACAGGUGAUGUUUGGUGCUCUGGACAAUCUCUUUGCCAACACUAACGUUAAGCCCAAAGAUAUUGGCAUCCUGGUAGUGAAUUGCAGCUUGUUUAAUCCCACUCCUUCCCUUUCCGCCAUGAUUGUGAACAAGUACAAGCUUAGAGGCAACAUUCUAAGCUAUAACCUAGGUGGGAUGGGAUGCAGCGCUGGGGUUAUCUCAGUGGGUCUGGCUAAAGAUUUGCUGCAAGUUCACAGGAACACUUAUGCUGUAGUGGUGAGCACAGAGAAUAUUACUCAGAACUGGUACUUUGGGAACAAGAAAUCGAUGUUGAUCCCCAAUUGCCUCUUCAGAGUAGGGGGUGCUGCGAUUUUGUUAUCGAACAAGUCCAAGGACAGGAGAAGGUCCAAGUACAAGCUUGUUCAUGUGGUCAGGACACACAAGGGAGCCGACGACAAGGCGUUCAAGUGUGUGUAUCAGGAGCAGGAUGAUGCAGGGAAGACCGGGGUCUCUCUCUCGAAAGAUCUCAUGGCGAUUGCAGGCGAGGCCCUCAAGACGAACAUCACGACUCUAGGACCCCUCGUCCUCCCCAUAAGCGAGCAGCUGCUUUUCUUCGUGACGCUCAUCGCUAAGAAGACACUGUUCAGUGGGAAGAAGUUGAAGCCUUACAUCCCCGAUUUCAAGCUGGCAUUCGAUCACUUCUGCAUCCAUGCUGGAGGAAGAGCAGUGAUAGAUGAGCUCGAGAAGAACCUGCAGCUUCUCCCCGAACACGUGGAGGCGUCGAGGAUGACACUGCACCGAUUCGGGAACACAUCGUCCAGCUCGAUCUGGUACGAGCUGGCGUACACCGAGGCGAAGGGGAGGAUGGGGAAGGGGAACCGGGUGUGGCAGAUUGCGUUCGGGAGUGGGUUCAAGUGCAACAGCGCGGUCUGGGAAGCCACAAGGAAUGUCAAGCCCUCGGUCACUAAUCCGUGGGACGAUUGUAUCGACAGGUACCCUGUUCAGUCGGUGUUCGAGAUGUCGUCGUCAGGAGGGAAAGAGUAGUAAAGGGAGAUCAGGGUGGUAGGUAAUGCCCUUUAUCUACAUUGCUGUUGCUUAAUUCAUUGCCUUGGCUAAUUUUAUUGAGCAAGAUCAGGCUGUGUCUGUGUGCUAAUGCUCUUAUCAAUUGAUAUCUGUAAUUCUGUGGGAAGAUGUGGUGGAGGGAUUGGAGGAAGGGAGCACCUAUUUGAUACAAGGUUACAGGAAAAGUAGGAAGGGAAAUGGUCCCAGUUAGCUGUGUGCAAGUUUCUGGGUUGUACUGUCAGCGAGGAAUGUCUUUUUGUCUGUCUGUAUGCAGAAGAAUGCAUUAAGGUUGAUAUGUUUUUGUUGCCUUAAUAUAUUAUUCUUCAGAGUUAAUAAAUUUCAGUAAUCUCGAUCUGAAUCGCGUCUCUUUAGAACAAAAUGCUCUAGGAUUGAAGAGACAUAUAUGACUCACCAGUACUGUGGUCAUUCGUUCUGAGCUCACCUAUGCAUCCCUGCUCUGUAGCUUUUAUACGAAGUCACCUCCCGGGAAGACGAGAACAUCGAAAGGCAAUCAUUUUCAUGACAAUGGGGAAGCGUCAAGCUCUGUUUCUAGUUACAGUGACUUCA